UGCUCCGGCCUGGGGCUCCCAGCGCAGCCGCAGCGGCGGCUUUGGGGUUGCGGCUCCUGCCCCGCGCUGGCCAUGGGGCGAGUGGCGGCAGCUGGGGCCGUACUGGUGGCACUGGUGCUGCUGGGAGCCCCCCCUGGGGCGGGCGCGGAGCUCUCGGUGGUGUUCCAGAGGAUGACAAAGUUCGAGUGUCUCUUCAUUAACGGCACGGAGAAGGUGAGGUUCGUGUCGCGGCUCAUCUACAACCGGGAGCAGCAGCUGCACUUCGACAGCGACGUUGGGGUGUUCGUGGGGGACACCCCGUACGGGGAGAGAGCGGCCCGCUACAAGAACAGCCUCACAGAGUUCAUGGAGUAUACACGAGCUACGGUGGACUGGUACUGCCGGCCCAACUACAAGAUCAUCGCCCCAUUCAGCGUGGAGCGCAGAGUGCCCCCCAGCGUGUCCAUCUCGCUGAUGCCCUCGAGCUCCCAGCCCGGCCCCGACCGCCUGCUCUGCUCCGUGCUGGAUUUCUACCCUGCCCAGAUCCAAGUGAGGUGGUUCCAGGGCCAGCAGGAGCUCUCGGAGCACGUGGCGGCCACCGACGUGGUGGCCAAUGGCGACUGGACCUACCAGCUGCUGGUGCUGCUGGAAACGCCCCCCCGGAGCGGGGUCACCUACACGUGCCAGGUGGAGCACGUCAGCCUGGAGCAGCCGCUGAGACAGCGCUGGGAGAUGCCGCCGGACGCCGCCCGCAGCAAGGUGCUGACGGGGAUCGGGGGCUUCGUUUUGGGCUCGGUCUUCCUGGCGCUGGGGCUCGGCUUCUACCUGCGCAAGAAGAGCUCCUGACCCAGUUGCUGCCGCAGCCCCUCCCUGUGGCCUCAGGCCCGGCCGGGAUCCCCCGCUCCAUCCCCGCGCUGAUUCUGGGGAGGUCGUGUGUCCCCCCAGCCCCAUUGUCACUGUGUCCUCGCCUGGCUGCUCCCAGUGUUCCCAAUAAAGCUUCCCAGUUGGA